GCGUUAGAUUCGAUCACGUCACUAGCGCACCAAUUUGAUAAGUUUGUAACUCGGAACUCUCUUAUCAACACGAUCUCACUCUCUGUAACCUUUCGUAUUGAUAUCAAACGCACCGAUUACAAAGAUGAACACGAUACAAGAUAGAAAUAGCUGAUAAAGUGAAUCUCAGAUCAUGAUCUCAUGGUGAUCCGUGUCUGAGGAUUCAAUCACGAUCUCAUGGCGGAGACUCAUGGCGGAGACUCAUGGCGUCUGCACUCUCUACAAUAUUCAACAUGAAACUAGAAAAGGAAACAUCGGUCUUAUUUAUAUGACAGUCAUGAAGUCUUGAGCAAAGCCUCUCUUUCCCGUAGAGUCUUUGCCAUCCUUUGACAAAUCAACUCUUUAAACAUGCGUUCCUUCUCGCCCAAGUUGCCUUCCACCUCAUUUGCUUUGUUCUUCUUCUGGAAGGCUAACAUAUGGAACCUAUCAGAUUGAUGGUAGAAGAGUGCCUGUUGAUGUUGAGAGAGGCAGAACAGUGCCGAACUGGCGUCCUCGUAUGCUUGGUGGUGGACUUGGUACAACCAGAGUUCCUGGUGAGAAGAUUACUGGCGAGGGGGAACAAAAACAACAACAACCAUCGCCAGGAAGGUCAUCCCGCUCCGAGGAACCUAGAGCCCGUGAAGACCGUGAGAAAUCUCGUGAUAGGGGAAAAGAAAGGGAACGGGAGCAGUCUCGUGAAAGGUCUCGUGAUAGACCGAGAGAAAGCCAUCGAGAGGAUAAGCACCACCGGGACCGCGGUAGAGAAAGAGAGAGCAGGCGUGCAGAGGAGAUAGAGACCGUCGUGCACGGGAUCACGAUCGUGACCGGAGUCGGAAAAGGGAAAGGGAGUACGAGAGCGGCGAGUAUGACGACGAUGGUGGGAGAUCUCGUGAGAGAGAAACGGAGUAUGAGAGGGGUGGGUGGAAGCAGAGGAGAGGUGAGUCAGAGGAAGGUCGUGGCUACUACGAAGGGCGUAGACGUUCAAGCCAUUAUGAUGAGCGUGAGGAGGAACAAGGAGGUGACCCUGACCGUUAUGAUCAGUAGGGCGACCGUUACCGAUAUGAUGAUCGUGAGUACAAGCGGUCAGAGCGUUUUACGUCGCAUGAGUAUGGUUCUCAUGGCUGACGCUAUUGUCUUCCCGUAGCAGUAAACAUUAAACUUGCGUGUGUGUGUUUUGUGAGAACUCCUUUGUUUUCUUUUUGUCUGAUAAUGUGUUUAGCUUUUUAUUACGCACCUGCAAAACAAACGAAA